AUGGGCGUUCAGAAGGUCAAGUUUACAUACAGUGAAAUGCAGGAAUCCUACGUGUGCCGUCCAGUGAGUCACACCUACGAGACCCUGACCUCCUACAAGCCUCAGAACAGGCCUCUCCAGGAGCACCUGUGCAGUGAAGAGUGCCCGGGGGUGCAGGGGGUGCUCCGCAGGGUUGGGACCGGCGAAGGGGCCGCGGCCUGGCUUGAGUCUGGCCUGGCAUCGCUGUGGCUUCUGGUUCCACGGUGUCUGCUGACAAGCCGGUCAGUGGUGUGCGACCACGCAGGUUGUUCUCAGAACACAAACAGAACCUGUGAAGAGUGCCUGAAGAACGUCUCUUGUCUUUGGUGCAACACUGACAAGGCGUGCUUGGACUACCCGGUGACCAAAAUCCUGCCGCCCAGCUCUCUCUGCAAGCUGAGCUCUGCGCGCUGGGGCGUGUGCUGGGUGAACUUCGAGGCCCUGAUCAUCGCCCUGUCGGUGCUUGGGGGCGCCCUGCUCCUGGGCGUCGCCUGCUGCUGCUACUGCUGCUGCUGCGGGAGGAGGCGGAGCCGGCGGCCGGACAAGAGCGAGGAGAGGGCUGCCCGGGAGCGAGAGGAGCGCCGGGUCCGCCAGGAGGAGCGGAGAGCAGAGAUGAAGUCGAGACAUGAUGAGAUCAGGAAGAAAUACGGUUUGUUUAGAGAAGAAAACCCAUAUGCCAGAUUCGAGAACAACUGA